CCAACACCCCUUCCUAUGCGGUUAGAGGUGUGGUAUUCAGAUAAGUUCCUCCCACAGGAAGUCAGAACGGCAUUGAGUUUCACUAAAGUCACCGACUUUGCAAGUCUGAGAACCAACACAGUUGAUGUUUACCAUCUUCUGCAGCUCUGGGCUAUGAUGUCAUCUUUCCUCCUCAUAAUCUUCAUUCUGUUGGGUGUGUGUGACGUUCAGGGAGCUGCAGAUUUUAGAGUCUGUGCCUUCAACCUUCAGCACUUUGGUGAUGCCAAGGCCAAGAAAAGCAACGUUAUGCAGACUCUCGUCAAAAUCAUCUCUCGCUGCGAUGUCUGUUUGCUUCAGGAAGUGAGAGACAGCAGAGGAAAAGCGAUGCCUCAGCUGCUUGAUCAUAUUGACAGGUUUGACACCAAACAUCGCUAUGAAACCGUGGCCAGCCAGAGACUGGGCAGGUCUGACACGUACCAGGAGCAGUAUGUGUUUGUGUACAGGGCUGACACAGUGACGGUCACCGCCCAAUAUCAGUACCCGGAUGACCGACCCGGGGACGUUGACGCUUUUUCCAGAGAGCCUUUUGUCGUCCGCUUCCGAGCCCCAACGACAGCCAUAAAGGAGUUUGUCCUCAUACCCCAGCACACCUCCCCAACCAACACCACGAAGGAGCUUGAUGCGCUGUACGACGUCCUGCAACACGUAAAAACCAUGUGGAAAACUGAGAACGUGAUGCUGCUUGGAGACUUCAAUGCAGACUGCGGCUACCUCGCGAAGAAGAACAGGAAGAACGUGCGUCUGCUCACAGACAGCAGCCUCUUGUGGCUCAUUGUAGAUAACACUGACACUACGGUGCGAUCGACCACCUCCUGCACCUACGACAGGAUUGUUGUUCACGGGGAAAGGUUUGCCAGUAAAGUCGUUCCAAACUCCGCCAAACCGUUUAACUUCCAGACGGAAUACGGUCUAACAGAAGAGCAGGCGCUGGAGGUCAGCGACCACUACCCAGUAGAGGUUCUGCUGAGGCCCGACGCAUCCAGAUCAUUCUUCAGUGAUGGUAACUCUGGCUCAGGGAUGGCAAAUAAGGUCGUAUCUCACUUCGGCCUUUUACCUUUGUUUCUUCUAAGCCAUAUUCUGUCUGCGUGGUAGUAUACAGACAACAUGCAAAACGCACAUUAGUCAUUUUGUUAACUUGAGAUAAUUUAUGUCCCUUCAAUUCAGGAAAAUAACUUGUAUUAAUUAUUCAAAGUAUAUCACCUACAGUAUUCUUUUUUAUACCAGUAUUCUGUUAGUGUUUAUAGUAGUAAAAGUUUUCAUCAGGAAGUCAUGGUGGAAAUGUAAAACGAAAAAAAGAGGUAACUGCAUAAAUCAAGGAAUUCAAGGACUCAAUGCAGUUAUUUAAUUGCAUAUUAUUAUUAUUAUUAUUAUUUUGCAGGUUGUUGUAAAGUUGCAUAAAGUUUUGUUUGACUGUUGGCAAAUGAUAAAACUUGUGCUAAAAUGUCAAGAAACAUUUGAACAUGUUUAUGAAGAUACCCAAUUAUCUGUAAUAUAGAUGCUUUAUGUAAAAAAGGUCAAGUCAUCAAAUCAAAUCAAAUAGUUUCUGGUGAUUCUUUUCAACUUGACCUUGGGUUCUGGUUCUAUGGAGCAUCAUCUCCAACUGAAUGACAAGUGCAGUAAGUUGUGGUUUUGUUAGAACCCAAAAAAUGCCAGAAGACCUCACUUAAAUGUGGUUUAUAGCAAGUUUAUCAAGAUGCUGAACAGCAGGUCUCUUCCGACCAGCAGGUGGCUCUGGUGAUCUACAGAGAGAGUGAGAGCAACAGUUAGUCAAGACCCGAGAUGUAUGGGACACUGUAGCAGACAUUCUUGGCGUAACGAGAGUUUGGAUGAAAGGAUGACUAGAAAGAUCCAUUAGAUCACCCAUCAGGUCAGGAGAAGACAGCUGUUUUCCCUGCCUUGCUCUAAAGAAUGUUAUUAUUGCCUUUGUGCAUAAUGUCACAGAAAGCCAGGAUCAAUUCGGACCCUUUGUUUGAGAUGUAAUCGGAGCAUAACUAACAUGACAGCCACAAGAAGCCCAGUCAACAUGUCCCCAGUGUGGUAGGAAAAUAUGUUGCAGCAAUCACACACACACACACACACACACACACACACACACACACACACACACACACACACACACACACACACACACACACACACACACACACACACACACA